UUAAGCAAGGUUUGAACACGUGAGCUGACACACUCCAUAAAAGCCUGCGUUCGGCCCCGCAGGGUUCACACUGUUGGUCACGAUGAGGGUCCUGCUCGCACUCACCGCGCUGUUCGUGGCCGUUCUCGGCAAGGAGACAUUUGAGGGGCAUCAGGUGCUUCGCAUUGUUGCAAAGGAUGAGGGCCAGCUGUCUCUCAUUAAGGCCCUGGAGGACAUGAGCGAGUUCGAGCUGGACUUCUGGAGGGGAGUUACCGAUGUGUCCACCCCUGUGGAUAUCAGAGUUCCUUUCCACAGCCUGCAGUCCGUCAAAAUCCACCUGGAGGGUCAGGACAUCGAGUACUCCGUCAUGAUCGAGGACCUUCAGGCAAUGCUGGAUAAGGAGCAGGAGGAGAUGGUGUCUGCUGCUCGUCGUCCUGAGCCCAGAAACUCAGACAGCUUUGACUUCGCCAACUACCACCCCAUCAACGAGAUCUACGCCUUCCAGGACAUGCUGGUGGCUGAGAAUCCCAACCUGGUCAGCAAGAUUGUAAUCGGUCAGAGCUACCAGGGUCGUGACCUGAAUGUGCUCAAGUUCAGCACUGGUGGAACCAACCGUCCCGCCAUCUGGAUCGACACUGGUAUCCACUCCAGAGAAUGGGUCACUCAGGCCAGCGGCACCUGGUUCGCCAAGAAGAUUGUGACCGAGUAUGGACGUGACCCCGCUCUCACCGCCAUCCUCAACAAGAUGGACAUCUUCCUGGAGAUUGUGACCAACCCUGAUGGCUACUACUACACUCACAAUAGCAACCGUAUGUGGCGUAAGACCAGGAAGCCCAACUCCGGCUCUAACUGUGUGGGAGUCGACCCCAACAGGAACUGGGAUGCUGGUUUUGGAGGACCUGGUGCCAGCGGCAACCCCUGCUCAGAGACCUACCGUGGUCCCAGGGCUCACUCUGAGUCUGAGGUCAAGUCCAUUGUGGACUUUGUGAAGUCCCACCGCAACUUCAAGGCCUUCAUCUCCAUCCACUCCUACUCCCAGAUGCUCCUGUACCCCUACGGCUACACCAGGACUCCAGUCAAGGACCAGGCCGAGCUGCACAGUCUGGCUAAGAAGGCCAUCACUGACCUGGCCUCCCUGUACGGUACUCGCUACAGAUAUGGCAGCAUCAUCAACACCAUCUACCAAGCCAGCGGUGGCACCAUUGACUGGACCUACAACCAGGGCAUCAAGUACUCCUACACCUUUGAGCUGAGGGACACUGGCCGAUACGGCUUCGUCCUGCCAGCCAAUCAGAUCAUCCCCACCGCCAAGGAGACCUGGCUGGCUCUGAUGGCCAUCAUGGACCAUACCUUCAAGAACCCUUAUUAAAGUGUGUGUGCGUGUGUGUAGAGGUGGAAAUCCCUGUUGUUGGCAAAUGUACCUUUAAGACUAAUGUCAUCAUCAUAACCAUCAUCAUCGUACGCCAUGACUCUUCAGACAUCGUGAAAACCACAGACAAAUAAAAGCAGACUGGAAAACU